UCGGGGGCGCGCAUGUCACCGUGCACUUAGCGCAGCGCUGGGGGAGUAACUGUGGAGGAGACAGAGGCCGGCAGUCCUAGAGAGAAGGCGGCAGUGCCGGGAUAACCGCCGGUAUUCCUGCUCACACUAUGGAGAGACGUGAAGCGGACGUGGGCUCCUUGUCCCGGUUCUUGGACGGAGAGUUCUGGGAGAUGAAGAACGAGCUGAGGAGAGAGAUCGCUGGGAGCCCGCUCUUCCUGCAGAGAUAUGAUCUCAGUCUGGAUGAGAUUAGAGACCUGACUAUGGACAGAGUGAAAUUUACCAUGAGCAUACCACAAGUUCAGCGUGCAUUAGAUGAAAUGAGAGAUAAAAAGAAGAACUUUGUCAAUAAGAGUAUGAUAAUGGGAGAAGUCCUUUGUACAGCUGAUAUGACAACUGGAGUAAAGUGUGGAGUCAUCUGCUGGUUGUUCGGGGGAGCAGUGAUUAACCUGGGCAGCCCAGAACACAUCCAGAAAUGGUUUCUUCCAUUAAAGAAUCAGGAAUUUACAGGGAUGUUUGCAAUGACAGAGCGAGGUCAUGGCAGUAAUGUAAGAGGGAUAUUGACCGAGGCUGUGUUUGAUCCAGUGACACAGGAGUUCAUUAUACAUACCCCUUGUGAGAAUGCACAGAAGAUGUAUAUUGGCAAUACAAUGAAAGGGAAUUAUGCUGCUGUGUUUGCACAGCUAAUUAUGGAUGGCAAAUCUCAAGGGCCGCACUGUUUUAUUGUCCCAAUCCGUGACGUCAAUGGGAAUAUGUAUGCAGGAGUAGAAGCGAUAGAUAUGCUGUACAAAGAAGGUCUUCAUGGUGUAGACAAUGGAAUUCUGACAUUCAAUCAAGUUCGGAUCCCGAGAGAAAACCUGCUGGACAAGUUUGGCUCAGUCUCUUCUGACGGCAAAUACAGCUCACCAAUUGAGAACAAGAGUGCCCGAUUUAAUGCAAUGCUAGCUGCGCUCACGCCUACAAGAUUAGCACUAACUUUUCAGGCUCUAGGAGCUAUGAAGCUUGGAUUGACCAUAGCCAUUCGAUAUAGUCACAGCCGAAGACAAUUUGGCCCCAAAGAUGAAGAAGAAGUGAAGAUUAUUGAUCACCAAACACAACAUCUGCGAUUAAUGCCACAUCUAGCCACAGUGCUGGCCAUAACAUUUACCAGCAGAUAUGCUGCAGAAAUGUUGGACGAGGAUGUGUACCAUAAUAGAGACCUGGUAAAUAAUCGUCCUUUGCAAGCACUUGUAGCAGGUCUAAAGGCUUACAGCACAUGGGAGAAUCUGGCAUGUCUUCAAGACUGCAGGGAAUGUACUGGAGGAAUGGGUUUUAUGAUGGAAAACCGAAUCCCUGGCUUAAAAUGUGAUUCAGAUGUGUUUGUCACAUUUGAGGGUGACAAUGUUGUUAUGCUACAGGUGGUAGUUCGAGAACUCAUCGCACAGUACACAAGGCAAUAUGAGGAAAGCCCAGUAUUUGGUCUUCUUAGAAACUGGACCAGCUCGAUUGGCGAUAGGCUACGAACAAGUAUCUUGGCAUUCGAUUCAGAUAAAAUCAGCAACCUGACAUUCUUUUUAAAAGCUGUCAAUUUUCGGGAGAGGGUACUACAGCGCGGGCUGGCUGCCAGACUUUUCAACAAGGUAAUGUCAAGGAACGAGGAGCCUUUCUCUGCCUGGAAUUCCUGUUUGCACCAUGUUGUCACCCUGGCUUUGGCACACAUCCAUAGAGUGACCUUGGAGCAGUUUGCAUUGGCUGUGGAGUCUUCUCCUGUGCCAAAGGAUCAGAGUUUACUCAUGAAGUUUUGCCUGCUUUAUGGAACAAAGUUGAUUUACAAUGAAAGAGCCUGGUAUCUAGAACAUAAAUACCUAACGUCAGCAACCAGUAACCAGAUUAGAGACCAGUUACUGGAGCUGUGCAGGUUGGUGAAAGAUGAUGCCCUGAAGGUUGUUUCCGCUUUUAACAUACCACGUGACACCAUCCAAGCCCCUAUUGCUGGCAUUCCCAGCUCGAGGGCACAGUGGGCUUAUUACCCCCAGCCAAAAGAGGAUGACCACAAAGUGCCAAGGAAAAUCAGUGCCAAGCUAUAACCUGAUCCUGUUUACAUAGUGCUGCCAAGUAAAGUAGAAAUGAAUUAAAUGAAGUGACUCGGAAAAUGUUGAGCUUUCGUCUUCUCAGAUGCAGGAAAUUAUCAAAUUACCUUUAUAAUAAACACACAAUCCUCUUUUAAUUGUUAAUACAGAGGGAAAACACAUAUUAAAUAUAACUGGACAAAUAGAAAUGUGGGACUUUUGUAAUUUAAAAGUAGAUUGUUUUUCAUAAUAAACUGAAUACUCAAAAUCCA